UUCAGAUAUGAAAGAGGGGCAAUCCCCCUCGGCUCCUACGCAGCCAAAUACCCAUCUAUCUUGCAAAGAAAUCAAAACGUUACCACUCCAGGGAGAAAUUCAACUGGAAAUUCAACCAUCCCGGGGGGAAACUCCACCAUUGGAGGUAACUCAACCACCCCUAGGGUCAGCACUUGGAUAUCCAAGUUCCCGACACCAGCUCAAAACUCAACUCCAAAAGCACAACCGAGCCCUGUCGCAAACUCGACCACCCCUGGAGUCAGCAAUAAGUUCUCGACACCAGCUCAAAGCUCAACUCCAAAGGCACACCCGAGCCCUACGGCAAAUUCGAAUGGCAGCUCUCGAGGAACGCCACAUCCAACUUCAACAUUUGCCUCUGGAAAGUCCCCUGGACAUGCAGGUACAUCCGCAAAAAGUUCAACUCCUGCUUCAAAGCCUACAUCUACAGGUACAUCAGCGAAAGGUUCAACUCCUACUUCAAAGCCUAUAUCUGCAGCUACAUCAGCGAAAAGCUCAACCCCUGGAAAAGCGUCACAGGCUACGUCACAUCCAGAUUCACCGUCUUCUGCACAGUCACCCCCUCCAAACGCCUCCAGCCCCGGAAGUCUGCCAGCAUCAAUACCUUCUUCUCAUGUGUCUACAAGCGGGUCUCCGGCAACAACAUCACAGCCGACUUCUACGCCUAAUCCACACCCAUCCCAUGGUGACACCUCGGCAACUGACUUGCCAGUAUCUACUGAUCCCUCCUCUACUGGCUCAGUAGGUCCAUCACAGACGUCAAAUGCCACCAUCUUCCCAAUACUCUUUGGUGGACUGUACAAGAACAGAAAUACAGUUUUAGACGAUGACAAACACAAGACAGACUAUGUGAAUCAGAUUCACGACAGCAGGACAAAAAUCAAAAACUACCUAGACUAUUUACCUAACAAGCCUGACACUAAUAGUGUCCAAUGCUCAAGUAACAAACGCAAACGAAGUUUGAUAUCCGACAUUGCCGGUUUCGCGGGAAAUGUUGUGAAACUUGUUACUUGCGCAGACCAGUUAUUGGACAAUUUAGAUGGUGUUGUCAAAGGCGUUCAUCCGUCUAUUAAUGACAUUGACACAUUGACUGGUGCUAUUAAUGUGAUUGGAGAUGACAUCAACACAGACAACAAAGACAACACAAAUGACAACCAGCCAAACGAAUCCGAGAUAAAAAAUUUUGAACAAGAGCUUACAGAACAACUUGGUGAGGGCAAUUUCAACACGACACGUGGAAGUCCGCAGCUCGGGGUGGUUUUCUGGUCGGCCUGGCUGAAUUCCAGCCAGGUUGAAGAGUUCAGCAACAGCUCUGUGGUUUCUGGCAUCGUAGAGGACCAGGCUUUAUCAACAACCGGUUGGGCUCCAUACGACAUAACAGGCGGCCCUUAUCCAUCACCUAGGAGUACCAACACGUCUGAUAUUUCUAAAAGAGCCAAUAGCAGUCGUCUAAUUUCCCAGUACGACGCUUUGGCUUCAUUGCGGGUGGUAUCCCAGCCACAUAACGUGACUAUUAUUGAUCUCACCGAUGAUUACAAAUAUAAUUCUGCUGCAGGUUCGGGAAUCACGGUCUACCUUAUCGAUACGGGGGCUAAUCCCCAAAAUUCCGAAUACUACUCAAUGCCAGGGACUAAACGGUGGAUGUUCCCUCAAAAUGCCGGCGAGCCAGGCGCUGUUAUUAGAACACAGAGCGACGAACAAAACCACGGAUCUUGUGUCCUUUCCAAGAUAGCGGGCCCAAAGUACGGUGUUGCUAAAGACGUCGAUGUAGUAAUAGUCAAGGUUCCAACGGCAGCCAUGCAAGAUACAGUUAUGGCUUCAGGCAUGUUGGAAUUAUUGGCCGAAGUUAGCGAGGACAUUGCAAAAAAUAAACUUCAAGGAAAAGCAGUCAUCAACUUUUCUGGAGGAAGUUUUGACCCCGUCAGGUUGAGUUACAUAGCAACGCUUCGCGGUAUACUAAGAUUAGAUGUUCCGAUCGUUUGCACUGCCGGCAAUUUUGGAGAAGAUGUAGCCAUAGAGCACUGGCCAGCGGCAUAUGCUGAUAGGUACGAUGGUAUUAUUGUUGUGGGAGCUUCAAACAACGACGGGAUUAAGCAAGAUUUUUCUCAACCCGGGCCUGUUGUGUCGAUCUACGCUCCUGGAUUUAAUGUUACGUGCGCAGACAGCAUCCAAGACAAUAUCAUCCGCUAUUCAGGGACGUCCUUGGCGGCGCCUGCGGUAGCUGGCCUAGCUGCCUAUUUCAUGUCAAUACCAGAAUUUGAAUCUGAAAUACAGCAACAAGGUCGUGUUGCCGGCAAUGUCAAGAGACUUAUUACAAGACUGGCGUACCCGAGACAUGGAGGUGUGCCGGUCCUAUGGAACCGUGAAAACAGCGAUAGUUGUGUCAAUUUUCAACGCCGAGAUGGAUCAUCUGCAAAGGUUUGUUCAGUUCGCACAUCGACGAAGCCAACAUCCACGAAGCCAACAUCCACGAAACCGGCCUCAACGAAACCAAUACCAAAAGCCACCUCUACAGAUGGGGUGAAAACAUCUCACCAUGCUCAACCACCACCACCCAUCACCCAUUGUAAUGCUGUCUUUGUGCCUCCCAAAACGAUUGCGAGGAGUACAUUUACUGCGGCAUCAUAUUGCGCGUGCAAUGGAGGCUGGCUGCUCGAUUUGGGCACCACUGUUGGCGCUAACCACUAUACCACAUAUACGUGCAACGUCGGUACAAAAUCAACUAUGGCUGUGGGUAACGUGGCGCACACAACGACUACAUCCGCCGACUCGACAACGACGUGCACUGCACAUGUCACGCAAAAAGUGUCUGAAAAGGAAUCAGACGCCCCUCCAAUUUCUCUAACUGUGAAUAUCACCAAUGAAAACGUUGGUCAAAUUGGCUACAAUAGCGGCAAUCUAAAUUGGGCAAAUAAAUUCAAUGUAGGCGGUCUCCCCUGGGUCUUAGUACUGACUCCAACCACUGGUGAUCCCAACAACAACGGUCAAGGCGGACAAAAUUUACCGGAAUGGAGGAAUGGCCCUCUUGUUUUUGCGUAUUCCCGCCUUAUUUGGGAUAGUAAAUCGGAGAAUUGCGAUGUUGUGACACACGAUGAUUUGUCCACUCGGGUGAUGAAUUGUAUAUUCGAGUGUCCUUAA